AUGGGCACCAUCACAUCCAUUAACGCCUUGCUCUUAUUCAUGCUAUCUACUUUCUUGCUUUUUUACUUCCCAUAUUUCGCCAUCGGCAAAGAUGAGGCCGGGCGACCACUCACAAUCCCCGGUUUCACCCUCGCCACCGCAACCACCACUAUCACCACGGCUCCAUUACCACCACCACCACCACCACCUCCACCACCUACUUGUCCCCCUCCAUCACCGCCGCCGCGUCCUCCUCCGCCACCACCACCACCACCACCUCCUCGUCCUCCUCCACAGACACGGUUGAUAAGAGCACGAGGAGUACUUCUAAAAUUCAAGAAAUUUGAAAUCGUUGACAAAACAGGGUACACUAAUAACUGGAAAGGCUCAAAUCCAUGCAAGUACAAUGGGAUAAGGUGCGCCACAUAUCCAAACUCAAAGGAGACAGCUGUGGCCGGAAUAGACCUCAACCAAGCCCAGAUCACCGGUGUUAAAAACGGAACAUUGAAGCUUUCCGAUGUCUUGGGCGAAAUUCCAGAGCUCACAUUCUUCCACGUUAACUCUAACGGCUUCGGCGGCAACCUCCCAGACUUAUCCGUUAAAAAGUUCAAGUAUUUCUACGAACUUGACCUCAGCAACAACAAGCUCUCAGGUGCGUUCCCAAUGCAAGUUCUUCAGGCUACGAAUCUAACAUUCCUGGACAUUAGGUUCAACCAACUCUCCGGCCCAAUUCCACCGGAACUCUUCGUCCAAGAUCUCGAUGUUAUCUUCAUCAACAACAACUUCUUCUCCGGCAACCUCCCUAGUAAUUUCGGCUCAACUCCUGCCAGGUACCUCACGUUCGCCAACAAUCAAUUUAGCGGCACGAUCCCAAGCAGCAUUGGUAAAGCUUCGAAGACGCUAACCGAAGUGCUGUUCUUGGGGAACAACCUUGACGGAUGCCUGCCCUACGAGAUAGGCUUGCUCGGCAAGGCGACAGUCUUUGAUGCGAGCAAGAACAUCAUUACGGGUCCCAUUCCUCACUCUUUCGGAUGUUUAAAAAGCAUUCAGUUCCUCAACCUUGCAAGCAACCAGCUGUACGGUGCAGUUCCGGAGAUCGUCUGCAUUCUCCCGGGGCUCCGCAACAACGGCAACUUGUCGUUGUCGGACAACUACUUUACCCAAGUUGGUCCUGAGUGCUUGAAGCUGAUAGAGAACAAGGUUCUUGACGUCAACAAUAACUGCAUCUUGGGGCUUCCUAAUCAAAGAUCACCGGAAGAAUGCCACGCAUUCUUUUCCAAUGUGAAACCAUGCUCUAACCCCAAAUUUUUCCAUUACAUCCCUUGCAAAACGUACUACUCGCAGUUACACUCCCAAGCCGCAGCGGCGCCGCUGCUUCAAGAAGAUAGUUCUUUCUAUUCUUCACCGCCUGAGCCGGUAACCUAUAAGACUCUCAGACCUCAUCGCUUAUGAUUGUGAUCGCAAUUAAUGCGCCUUUUUCACCUACAUAGUACACUAUACACUGUAGUAUAUAGUCAAGCAUUAUUGUCCACUAAGUCAACAAAAGAUUGUGGUCAAUUUUCAUUUUAUUUAACUAUCAUGUAUAUCUGCUUAAUUAGCUUCCAACUGCACCUGCAUGUGCACUUGCUUUUCUUUUUAUAAAUAUCUGUGUAUUCGUAUCUACAUUAUGCAAUAUCUGUGUGGUGAAUAAUGAAUAAAAAUAAGUGUAUUCAAGUA